AUGUUUUACGGACGAAUACGUGAUGUCCUCCACCAGUGCGAGUACGAUCCCGUGAUACCAAAAGUCCUUGAGGCGGAAACCCUGAAAUUUGGCUUGACGAACACAAAAAUUAUAGAGAAAGUCUAUGCAUUACAAAAAGAUGCAGAUGCCAGCCGUGUUCUUGACACUGCCAGAGCUGAGGAACAAGCUCAGACACUCAUACGUGAAGUAGAAAAGAUUAGGAGGGACUACAACCUGGUAGAAACAAAAAGUGCAGAAGAGCUCAGACAACAAAAGAAGUCCUUUAGCAAAAAGUCCAAGACUUCCAGUGAUGGGCGCACAAAAAACCAAUACGACUGCAAAAUAUGUGGACGCAAACAGUGCCCUGCCUAUGGGAAAGAAUGCAAAAAGAAGGGCCAGUUUGCUAAGCAGUGCCACAGCAAGGCAAUCGCCAAUGCUUCCAGCAAGUGA